AUAAAAAUGGCAUUGUUGUCUUCAUCUAAUCUAAAGCUUAAGCUGUCAAAGGUGAUUGCAAGCCGGCCAUCCUGCAAAUAAGUUGACAGGAGCCUGUGACUCCAGAAGCCAGCAUUUCAUUUAUGAUCAUUGGUUGUUUACAACCCUGAAAUGGAUGUUGAAAAAGUGGUGCAUACUGGAGGCUGCCACUGUAAGAGUGUAAGGUGGAAAGUGGUUGCUCCUUCGAGUGUUGUGGCAUGGGAUUGCAACUGCUCAACCUGCUACAUGAGAGCCAAUACUCAUUUCAUUGUACCAGCUAACAAUUUUGAGCUUUUGGGAGAUUCUGAGAAGUUUCUUACAACUUACACUUUCGGCACUCACACUGCAAAGCACACAUUCUGUAAAAUCUGUGGCAUAACCUCAUUCUAUCGUCCACGCUCAAACCCAGAUGGGGUUGCAGUUACAUUCAGGUGUGUUGACCCGGGAACGUUGACACACGUUGAAAUCAGGUAUUUUGAUGGGAAGAAUUGGGACAGUGCAUAUACUCAGACAGGUAUCUCUUCAUAUUCAAAGGUGGAGAAGUAACUCUCGUGACAUUAAGUGGUGAAAAAUAUUGAUCACUAGUAGUCCUUCAUAAAGUUUUCAUUCUCCAGAGACAUUGUGUACUCUUGUGGAAUGUUCACAGAUAAAUCUGACAUCGUACAAUGAGAAAAAAUGUUCACAGCCAAAGUGUUUAUUUGAUUGAUGUACUCUUGUUGUAGAAUGUCUAUGCUUCAAGUUCUAAGGUUUCAACUUGUAUGUCAAAUCUAUGGUCUUUCAUGAUCAUGAAACGUAAAAAAUAAAAAGAGACAACUUCUGAUAUU